UUUAAGUUAGGCCUAUACUCUUUCCCAAUCCUCAAAGAGCUCUCAUCUCUCCAGUAGUCUCCACCAUGAAUUCUGCUCCUCUUCGCAGCUUUACCUCUUCGCUGAGGUCUAUACCGACAGCAUCAUCAUGGUUCGACGCCUACGUAGCCCUCUCCACAUCUCUGAUGCUUUUGCAAACUGCGACCAACCAACUCAUACCGGCAAAUGUUCGAUCACAAAUCUACAAAACAAUGAAGCGCUACUUGUUUGGUGUUGUUGCCGGUAAGUCUUCUCACAUCACCAUCCGUGAGACCUGGGAGAAUAUGGGUCGUAACGAACUCUACGAUGCUGUCAAAGAAUACAUAUCUUCCAAGAUCAGUCGUGCAAACCGAAAGCUCAGAGUCGGCAAGUUAGGAGGAGCUAAUAGGAUAGCAAAGGCAAUCGAAGGUGGAGAAUCUAUCGCGGAUGUCUUUGACAACAUCAAGCUUACAUGGAGAUAUUCCCAGCAGGAUCAGCCGCCGACAAAUUCAUCAUCAUCUCGUCGACAAAUGAGUCCUGAGUAUCAAUAUGUGUUGAGUUUUGAUGAAAACGAUCUGGAAAAAGUCAUGGAUUCUUAUCUGCCUCAUAUCUUGGACAAGUACAAGGCCAUGAAAGAGGGAGAGAAGGUUUUGAAGCACUACACGAGGAUGAAUGGUCCAUGGCAAGCAGCCGAACUUGGGCAUCCAGCAACGUUCGACACGCUUGCCAUGGAACCCGAGUUAAAGAAGGCUAUUCUCGAUGAUCUGGAUCGGUUCCUGAGGAGGAAGAGUUUUUACAAAAAGGUUGGGAAAGCUUGGAAGCGCGGCUAUCUACUGUAUGGCCCUCCUGGAACUGGGAAAACGAGCCUCAUCGCAGCUAUGGCAAAUUACUUGAGGUUUGAUAUUUACGAUCUGGAGCUCAGCAGUGUUUUCUCCAACGCAGAUCUGAUGCAAUCCUUGCGUAAUACGUCUAAUCGUUCCAUACUUGUGAUUGAGGACAUUGAUUGCAACAGAGAGGUCCGGGAUCGAUUAGAAGAAGAUGAUGAUGAUCAUUCUCGUAAACCCAAGUACCUUAAAAAGUUCACACUUUCAGGUCUACUAAAUUCCAUAGAUGGUUUGUGGACAAGCAGUGCAGAGGAGCGAAUAAUUGUGUUUACUACCAAUCACAAAGAGCAAAUAGAUCCAGCAUUGUUACGUCCUGGUCGGAUGGACAUGCACAUCAACUUGUCCUUCUGCACCUUUAAUGGGUUUCGACUCUUAGCCUCUAAUUACCUUGAUGUCCAAAGUCACCCACUUUUUGAACAAGUUGAACACUUGUUAGAGACAACAGAGGUCACUCCUGCAGCAGUGGCAGAAGAAUUAAUGAAAGAUGAUGAUGCUGAUGUUGCUCUUUCAGGACUUGUUAAGUUCCUUAAGCGAAAAGAGAUGGAGGACGGUGGAACGAAUGAUGUAGUAGAUGAAAGUGAAGUCCCACUCCAGAGAUCAAAGAAGAUGAAGAUUGAAGAGAAGACGAAGAUUGAUGACGAACAAAUUAAAAAUUGAAAUGAUCGAUUAAGCCCGAAUUAAUUUUCGUGUAAACUGAUCUCAUGUGUUUGGAUUCUCUGCAGGAUACAAGUACUAAAUUUGGAUUUAGAUAGUCUUGCAUACUCUAAAGUCUAGCAUACCCUAAAGUCUAAAGUUUCAUUGUUCAUGAAACAUGGGGGCCAAGCCAAGCUGCAUGUGUGGGGAUAUCAUAUGUAGAUGAUGUAAUCCGAAUUCCGAAAUGAUUCUUCGCCCACCACUCGUUUAGUUUGGCAAUCUGCCUACGGAACCUUUCUUUCUUUCUUUCUUUCUUUUUUUCUUCAUUUUCUUUUUCUUUUCUUGGGUGAAAAGAGUUGGGUAGGUGGUCACUUCACUUGUCAUCCUAUAAUAUAAUAGUAUGGAUCAUGUUAAAAAUAAGUUGUUUUUA